UUUCAAAAUCAAGCACACCAUGGUAACGUUUUCUUGUUGAUUGGUAAAUCGUAAACUUCAAUUGAAGAUAUGAAGAACCUGGAACAAUGUCGUUGAAACAUAUUACAAACGUUAAAACCAAUUGGAUCAAAGUCCACGAUGUCCACACGGCCUGUUUCGUGGGGAAGGAAGCGAUCGCUAUCGGAACCGGCUGCCACAUCCUGCUGGUCAACGUCAAUACCCAGGUGGAAAGCUUUUAUCGUGCGACCGAUCGGGCUAGCGGUGAGGGCGUGUCCUGCUUGAAUGGACACAAGAGUUUCAACAUUUACGCAUUCGCCGAAAGUUGUCCCCAGCCGAGGAUAUUCAUCGUGGCCUAUCCGGACAACUCGGUGCUGUUUGUUUUGGAAGGAGAUGAUAAAACGCUCAGCUAUAUCUCGCUAUGCUUUUCGGAGAGUGAGUACCUCGUGGCGCUGACCGGUUUACCGGAUUACUGCAUCGAAGUGUACGUUUGGAGAAACAAGGAAUUGCUAAUAAGACGCAAAACGGAAAUGCAAACCGAUAAACAGUCAAUCUUGUGCAGUCCAGCAUCUAUGCUGACGGUUUGUCAGCUAGCCUACAGUCAAGCCCAGAUAACACUGUGGGAAGUGCACGGUAAUGUGCGUUUGUGCCGAUUGAUUGAAAAGCCGUUGAAACUUCGCUUCGCGAAGGAGGAAACACCCUUGGACGGAACAUUUCUAAUUGAUGGCACAUUAAUGGUCAUUAACCGUCUCGGAAGUGUGUAUAGUUUUUCAGCUACAUCCGGCCAAGCCAAUCAGAUUAUUAAACCAGCCGACGAACCAGGCCCGUUUCUUCCGCGGCUAUUCUACUGCAAAGGUGGGCUGUUCCUCAGCGACACGGAUGGCAGUAUUAGCUUCCAUAAACGCCAGAAGGGCGUCUGGAAUCAGCUGUGGAACAUGCGGGCACCGGAAACAUUCUCCCUGCUAUUGUAUUACUCUGCCAGUGAUGGUUUGUAUGGAACGACUGUCGAAGGCCGGCUUGUACGAACUGUGGUUGAUAAUGAUGCUCGAAAUGUUGAAUUUGUCACGAUUAAAGCCCUCGAUUGCCAGCUGACAAAUUUCGUUCCGGUAAAUCCUUUGGUAGAGUAUCUUGUGGCAAUGAAUUUCUUCGAUGAAUUGAUGGUGAUUGAAGUUAAGACUGGAGCAAGACUAGUCUCGCACUCCGUUGACCAGAUGAGUUGUAUUAAAGAAAAUACUGCACUUCCUUUCGUCGCUGUUGGAACGCAUACUGGAAUUGUUCAUUUGUUGUCCGUGUACAAUCCAACGGAAUUAAAACCCUUAACCGAGUUUCAUCUAAGUCACGCAUCAAUCUCAAACAUACAAUUUUCGGAAGAUGGUGGAUACAUGGCUGUUUUCGACGUCGAUGGGAACAUUUUCUUUAUUAAAGGACUUCCUGGAAGCUCAAUGGACAUAAUUCACCAUUUUGAAACAACAGCAAAUCUCAUAUCACCAUUAUUCCACGUGUGUGAAGAGUACAUGCAGAUCGUAAGCCUCGUUCAAGAAGAUCAAUCAAAUAUUGUUCAAAAAACAAUCAUGCAGUUGACCAUUUCAUUGGCCGAUGGUAGCCGCCAAGUUAAUUCAUGCAUAUCUCUUCAUCAAUACACACAACUAGAAAAGAAACCUUCAUGCCAUUCAAAGUUUUAUGCCAUCAGAAAGCUGUCGAGUGAAAUUGAUGUUCUAGAACUGAACAAUGGCAGUGACAAUAAACUAACUGCAAAGAUUUGCUCGACAAUCAAAGUGAAACACCAGGUGCACAACUUUAAAAUCAGCGUAGAUCAGUUCCAUAUGACCACGUGGAGCAUCGACGGCCUCGUGACCAUCUACGAAACAAGGUCUGAUAAACUGUUGGCGUACUUUAUCGCGCACGAUCGCAACAAAAUGGGCGCCAAACUCAUGCGAUGUGAUCUGAUGCAUCAGUACAUCUUCUCACUGGGACACAAUAAUUCCUUGGUUUGCUUCAAAAUGCAUCGGAGUUCCACCAACGCUCAACGUUACACUGAACUCAAGCUCAGUCUAGAGACGGAUGACGUGGCAUCAAUUUUCAUGAAUCCCACAAAAGGCUUCACUCCGAAAGGGUUUACCUUCACCCGGUGGAUAGAUAUGGAGAAGAUCAGCCGGCUCGAGAGUGAAAAGUUGGACUGUGAACCCGUCAAACUGGAGAUCACCAAAGACUUCAAAGUGGUACGGACCAUGCUGAGGGAUCUGCUGGAUGCUAACGAGAUUGCAACCGAGGAGGAACAGUUGCCCAUUCAAGCUUUCAACCUAAAUGCCACAGUUACGGAACAUCUUAAAGAAAUGGCGAAACAAGAUCGUGAAGCUGAACAUCAACGACUUCUUGAUUACAUAGUCAUGCAGGAGGCUAUCAAUGAAAAAAUCAUUCAAUACUGCUGGAACACCAUGGAUCGUAAACCUUUAAAAGUCAGAUCAUUCUUCACGAAGUUGGCGGUGGAAAACUACGCUUCCCUUCCAAACGAACGAGAUGAUCAGUUUAUGCAGAGAAUGACCGUUUAUCGCGAAACCGAACUCAUGGCCAGCCACGACGCUUUACUGCCGUGGAAGCCAACGCCUACUUACCAACUGGAAUCAAUUUUAAAUCGUGAUCCGGACUAUGGUAACGUGAUCGAUGUCCUAUCUCGUGCUGCAACGAAAAAGUAUUACACGCUCAACGGAACUACAACGCAUCUUUACAUGGAGCCCAUUUCGUUACGUUUCGAACAACUAGAGGUUGUAACUUUUCAGCAACUGUAUUUCGAACAAGUUUACGGAAAUGUGGAAAUGAUGAGGUUACGUGAUUUGUUCAAUAAAAAGUUUGACGCUUUAAAAGCGAUGAAAGACGCAGAAAUGGCCGUUGUUCUGAAGCGAAACAACAGACUACGAGUUAUACAAAGUGAACUGUCGAUAAUAUCGAAGUUGCUUGGAACUCGUGAUUUUGAAAAGGAAUUAAUUUCGGACCCAUGCCUCAAACCUGAUGAACAUCCCGAAUCUACGCUCAAAACCGAAAACCAUGAAAUAUCCGUUACACCGUACUUAACGCCCAGCAUGGAAAACUUGUUGGCCCAGCAAAAGGCCGAGAGAGAACAACGGCAACGGGAGCUGAUGGCAGAUGACUUCAAGGAUCGCGCUCUCAUGAUGAUGAUGGAUGGAGUUUUGGAGCAUCGAUGGGAGGAUGAAAUCAAGAAAACUCCUCCCAUUCCGCACUGCUUGGAAACCGGAAAGGAUCCACAAUAUUUCAAUGAAACCGACAUUCGUGAGGUAAAAGACUACGAAGAGCAGAUUGAACUUCUCCAUAAUGAACGAACACGCUACAAGAAGAUGCUUGAAUCGGAAAGGCUUGAAAUCGCCGAAAACUUGGAAGAUCAAAUUCAAAAGUUUAACACGACCGUUGGACAGUGUUUGCUGGAUAAAAUACGCAUAGAGAGUGCCAUUCGCGAGGAAGAGAUCCGUAUUAUAAGGAACACUUUUUACAAUCACCAGCGAUUGAUUUACGACAACGAUGCGAAACUCUUGAGGGAUUCUAUCAAUGAAGUUAAUAAGUGUAUUGAUGAGCUAACAGAAAUUACCAGUGAACUGCAGGAUAAAGUGAACGAUUACAAGAACAAUUACGAGACACUGAAUACAAAAGACAAGCUGCUUGAUAAGCAAUUUAAGAUCAACUUUUCCGAUACAGCACAAUCUGCAAUCGUGGACCACGCGUAUAAAAUUUUCAAGCGACGCCCGAAAGCCCAACUGAGGGCCGUGGUCACUGUUUCGAUCUUUCAGGAUCUGGCAAAACGUAUCACCGCCAAGAAAAUGAAUCAGCAGAGUAACAUUCUGCUGCCACCGGAAUGUAACGAAUUUCUGGCCUCCUGUGAUGGUUUGGAUCAAAUGUCCAACUGUCCCGCCGGCAUGGACAACAACAUGUGGCAAACGCUGUGCAAAAUGCGGCGCAUUAAGCUGGAGAGCGAAUUCAGGUUAAAAAGCUGCGAAAUACAGUUGGCUGAUUCGGAAGCCGCUUUGAACGCUUUCCAGAAGGAAGUUUCAUUGAAGAAAAAUUCGCUUUCUGCGCUCGAGAACAAACUGCAAGAUCUGCUAAAUGAAAAGUUCAACGACUCCACCAACCGUACUGUGCAGAUCAUAAUGAAACGCGGCUUGAUUGAGGUUCCCAUGUCCGGCAAAACGGUCGACUUCGACAGUUGCAUUCUGAUCCACCGGACCGAUGUGGACGAUAUCAACGUGAUCAUAAAGCGCGCUGGCGCCAAAAAGCUCAAAGCCAUGGUCAACGCUGCCCAGUUUCGGCGGAAGAUUAUCGCCCAGGAGUGGGACCACAAAGCGCUGCGACUAAAAAUACGCGACCUGAGGGAUCAGAUAAAGAUGAUCGAGAAGUGCAAGAUCACGAAGGAAGUCCAAGACUGGUUGAAGCGCAAGUCCAUGGGAACGAUGGAAGAUCUAGGACAGUUGGCCCUUGAAAGAGAAAUUGAAAAUACCAUUUACACCGAGGAGAAGAUGCUAAUUGAAAUCAAAAAAUCUGUCGAAGAUCUAGAAUCGAGGAUUGCCAACAAGAGAAAAGAAAACAAAACGUUGGACAAGCAAACUCAAGAACUGAACGUUGAUGUCACGGAGCAACAUCUGCAAAAGGAUACCGAACUGGAAGAAUCGGAUAAAAAGGACGCGGAGAUUAGAAUGGGCGCAAUCGUUGACCGGGCUAGGCUAGUUCGGCUAGUUCAGACUCAACACUCGCAAAUUUUGGAGUUGGGAACCAUGCUGGAAUUGCAACGUCUUAAAACAUACCCAACCCUCACUGCUCCACCCGUGCUCGUUGAGAUUAAUGCACGCCAUGCAAAGACGUAGAUUUACUAUCGCUUUUUGAUUUGUGGUUUCUUCAUGAACAAUUUCGGGUGAAAUAAACUUAACCAUCCACAGUUCUUUCAUAUAUUUACACAUUCAAUCAACCUCGAUGGCACAUCUCACAUAGAA